GAAUCCAAUAGUCUAACUGCCUAAGGUGGUUUAAAAUUGAGCAAAGGCAGAAAGGGAUAUCAAGCAAGAUAGGACAAAGUCAAUAAUAAGACUUUACGGCAAGACAAGGUAGAACAAGAUUAGUCUUACCUAAAUCUAAUUCGUUUUUUCUUCUUUUUCCCAAUUCUCUGUCCACAGGCCUCCAUCGUCCUCCUCUCUCUCUCUUCCCUCCUCCUUCUUCCUUUGCCAUUGUCAUUUCUCUCCGCCACCACUCACUCCGCCAUUGCUGCCCUCCUUUCUUCUUUCUCCUCUUCUCCCGCUCUUCCUUCCUUCCUCCGCCAUUGCUUUGUGUCUCUGUCCCUCUCUCGAACAUACACACACACACUCUCUCUCUUCAAUGUUGACGCUGCAGCGAUUUCUGUUUGAACCAAUUCACAAGCCUUUCCUACUCAAUCCUCCUUCUUCUAAAACGCCGUCGUUUCAGCAACACCGUGUUUGGAGGACCAGAAUCAUAAAGGGUGCAAUAGCAGAGUUAGAAGGAGACCUAGAGCUUCCACCAAACGCGGUUCGGAGAAAGAGGGACCCAAAUUGGAGAGGUGGCUUCAGCCUCGGAAUUGAUUUGGGCAUGGCCCGCACUGGCCUUGCCCUCACUAAAGGCUUCAACAUUCGCCCUUUAACCGUUUUGGAACUGCGAGGACAGAAGCUUGAGCUCAAGAUAAUUAACAUAGCUGAACAACAGGAGGCUGAUGAGUUUAUAAUUGGACUUCCGAGAUCUUCUGAUGGGAAGGAGACGCCGCAAUCUAACAUUGUUCGUAGUGUGGCAGGAAGACUCGCCGUUCGAGCUGCCGAGAGGGGUUGGAGAGUAUACCUACAGGAUGAACAUGGAACAACAACAGAGGCAGUAAAUCGGAUGAUCACUAUGGGUCUAAGUAAGUCCUCUCAGCACAGGAAGCUUGAUGCCUAUGCUGCCAUGGCAGAACAAAACGCAGUUCUAAAACAUUUUAUAUAUUUUUCUUCAGAUGGUAUUGGAAAGAUACCUAUCCACAUCAGGUCAGGGUACCGAACUUGUUCUGCCCAAGAACCUUGAAUUACAAGAAAAACUUCGAAGGGGUCCUCCCAAAGAUGCCGAUUUUUUCUCGGAUGAAGAUUAAUAUAAGUACAUGCUUUUUGGCUAUUAGCCUCUAUAGAGAAUCCUAGAGAUUUUUAAGUGGUCAAACACCCAUGGGGGAAUCUUAUUUGAGCUGUUCUUUUCAGAUUGCAAGCUAGCUUGAGGAUGUUGUGGGGAAAAUAUUCCAACAAUCAGUAUCAUGACGAUGGAUUAAAUUAUCCUUGUAUGAGUACCAAAUUUAACUACUCAUUUAGCUGUCUAUAGAUCCUACCAACGUUUUUUCCGACUGUUUAAAUGUAAAACAUGUCCAUUCAAGAUAUGAGUAUUCGAAGCAUUACAAUUAUGAUAAGCAUUUAUACUAACUAAUAUUGUUUCUUUAA